CGCCGGCGCGCGUGCGCACGGCCGCGCGCCCUGAGCCGCGGAGUCUCCAGCGCCGCUCAGCAGAUCCCACUCUUUCCGGCGCCGCUACUCACACAGGCUUCCAGCCGCCACUGGGCGUCCUCUGUCUGCGGUAGCGCAGCCGAGGCGGCGGUGGGAAAGGUAGCUGCAGCCCGGCGCGGUCUCAGAGCUCCGUGCCCUGGACCGAGUCCGGGGAGAAGCAGAGAAGGAGGACGCAGAGGCGAGGAGAAGCCGCGCCGCGCCCGGGUCCGCGCGGCUGGCUGCCUCCGCUACCGGUACCGCGGCCCCAGGUCCUUUGCAGCCAGCAUGAUGCCAUCCUUAUAAACCGUGGAGGAGAGAGCGCUCACCAUGUUCAGCUGUGCAACCAGCCCCAGAGAGGCAGUGUGUCUCUGAGUCACCUGAGCUCCGUGCUGCUGCCUUCCUGCUGUCCACCCACCUCUCUUCACCUCUGACGAUCUUCCUAGUGUCUGCAGGCUCUUCUGGGACGACUAUCUCAGAGGGAAGUGCCUCUCAGAAGCAUCUGGCAUGUCAGAGCUACAGUGUCUUCCAUGGGACUUCCUUUGUGAACAGCUUCCAUUUAAAAGAGUUGUGUGAAUACCUUGUUUCAGUCAAGUUCCCAAAGAACACAUUUGUCUUCUGAUCUGCUGGAGGUCUUAAGGAAGCUACUAGAGAAUGAGCUCCACAAAAAUGAGGACGUAAACCAAGAAAGAGGAAACCAUGGGAUCCAGGAAGCGGGGGACCCAACACAGGCGAGAGGCACAGGGAUUUCGCAAGAUGGUGUUAAAAAGAAGCCCCAGGACAACAGAAUCCGAUGAUCUCCGUGGGGACCCUGCACUCAGCCAUCAAAGCACUCCCGCCCCUCAGGAUGCUCGUAAUUCAAUAGUAGAUGCAGGCGGCGUUGAAAGCAUCACACAGUGUCCCCAGCAGCUUCCUCAGAUGAUGGCUGCAGCAGCCGAUGGUUUGGGGAGUCUCGCGAUCGACACGACCCAGCUGAACAUGUCAGUGACGGACCCCACCGCCUGGGCCACCGCUAUGAAUAACUUGGGCAUGGUUCCCGUGGGGUUGCCUGGACAGCAGCUUGUGUCGGACUCAAUCUGUGUACCAGGCUUUGAUCCAGGCCUCAACAUGAUGACGGGGAUCACCCCUAUUAACCCAAUGAUACCAGGCCUGGGGCUGGUACCUCCCCCGCCAACAGAAGUGGCUGUCGUCAAAGAAAUAAUCCACUGCAAAAGCUGUACUCUUUUCCCCCAAAACCCAAAUCUUCCACCUCCCUCCACAAGAGAACGACCUCCCGGGUGUAAGACCGUGUUUGUCGGAGGAUUACCAGAAAACGCCACUGAGGAAAUCAUCCAAGAAGUCUUUGAGCAGUGCGGUGACAUCACAGCGAUUCGGAAAAGCAAGAAGAAUUUUUGUCACAUUCGCUUUGCCGAGGAGUUCAUGGUUGAUAAAGCCAUUUACCUUUCUGGUUACCGGAUGCGCUUAGGGUCUAGCACGGACAAAAAGGACUCAGGCCGGCUGCACGUGGACUUCGCCCAGGCCCGGGACGACUUCUACGAGUGGGAGUGCAAGCAGAGGAUGCGCGCCCGCGAGGAGCGGCACCGGCGCAAGCUGGAGGAGGACCGGCUGCGGCCGCCCUCGCCGCCGCCCAUCAUGCACUACUCUGAGCACGAGGCCGCGCUCCUGGCCGAGAAGCUGAAAGACGAUAGCAAGUUUUCAGAGGCCAUCACAGUGCUGCUGUCCUGGAUUGAGCGAGGGGAAGUAAACCGGCGGUCUGCAAACCAGUUCUAUUCCAUGGUGCAGUCGGCCAACAGCCACGUCCGCCGGCUGAUGAACGAGAAAGCCACCCAUGAGCAGGAGAUGGAGGAGGCCAAGGAGAAUUUCAAAAAUGCCUUAACCGGGAUCCUCACUCAAUUUGAGCAGAUUGUGGCCGUUUUCAACGCUUCUACCAGACAAAAAGCUUGGGACCAUUUCUCGAAAGCUCAGCGCAAGAACAUAGACAUUUGGCGAAAGCAUUCUGAGGAGCUCCGGAACGCUCAGAGUGAACAGCUUAUGGGCAUCCGCCGAGAAGAAGAGAUGGAAAUGUCGGAUGAUGAGAACUGCGACAGCCCUACUAAAAAAAUGAGAGUUGAUGAAUCAGCCCUGGCCGCCCAGGCCUACGCGCUUAAAGAAGAGAACGACAGCCUCCGGUGGCAGCUGGACGCCUACAGGAACGAAGUGGAGCUGCUGAAGCAGGAGAAAGAGCAGCUGUUUCGAACGGAAGAAAACCUGACCAAGGACCAGCAGGUGCAGUUCCUGCAGCAGACCAUGCAAGGCAUGCAACAGCAAUUGCUGACCAUCCAGGAGGAGUUAAACAACAAAAAGUCAGAAUUGGAACAAGCAAAGGAAGAGCAGUCACACACACAAGCAUUACUCAAAGUCCUCCAGGAACAAUUGAAGGGUACCAAGGAGUUGGUCGAGACCAAUGGCCACAGCCAUGAGGACACAAAUGAAAUUAAUGUGUUGACAGUCGCAUUGGUCAACCAAGACCGAGAGAACAAUAUUGAGAAAAGAAGCCAAGGCUUAAAAUCAGAGAAAGAAGCUCUGCUAAUAGGCAUCAUAUCAACGUUUCUUCACGUCCACCCUUUUGGAGCCAAUAUAGAAUAUCUCUGGUCAUACAUGCAGCAGCUGGACUCCAAGAUAUCUGCAAAUGAAAUCGAAAUGCUUUUGAUGAGGUUGCCACGCAUGUUUAAACAGGAAUUCACAGGCGUGGGAGCAACGCUGGAAAAAAGGUGGAAGUUGUGUGCCUUUGAAGGAAUUAAAACUACCUAACUGUGAAGAGCAGCAAAGUCUCUGGAUAUGAAACUGCCUGAAACCCAGUCAGGGCUGUGCAGCGUGAACCCAAGAGGUUUGGGGCUGGUCCAGCACAGGACCUUUAUGGAGCCAUCAGAGCCUGACUUCAGUUGCAUCUGUGGCGUUCUCUUGUGAGUGGAAAUGUAAUUGUGUACCAGUUCCCGAAAACAAACAAACAAAGCUUCAUACUGUGACAGAUCUGUUUGCUAUGAAAACCAACGAUUCCACAGUCAUGAUGGCAAAACCUUAAAAUAUGCUACCUUUGAGAAUAGCUCACCAAGUAAAAUAUUUAAAGUUGAUGAUGGUGUGGCAAUGGUUGUUGCUAGGCUACAGAGUUGUUGUAUAUGUAAUCUAUAGCUGAAAUCAUUCAAUGACAUUUUCCUGAAAGUCUUUCUGUUUUAGUAAAGAAAAAAAAAAAGCGAGAAAAGAAAAGUAAUUCUACAGUGAGGAAAAAAAAUCAUACCAAAAGAAAACUUGAAUAUGUGUCUGAACAGUUACUGUAUUUUGUAAAUUAAGUUAUAUGCUGUUCUAGGGACUUUUGCCUUAUUGAAGAGGCAGAAGAUGUGAUUGGACUCCUUGAGAAUGCUUUACCAAGAAUAUUAUUUUUCUAAUGUAACAGUUCUCCAUCAUAAGUUCUUUUAACAUGGACUGCAUAACAAUUUUCAUAAAAUGUAAAUAAAAGAAAAACUAGUGCUACGGUCUUGUACUUGGUAUAAAAUUCAGGUUUCUGCAUCAAAAUAAACAUUCAGUAAAUAUUCCUGUUACAAAUUUUAUAGCAAAGAAGAUACUAAUUUUUUUCAAUAAAUAUGACUUCUACCAUA